CGGGGGUGGGUGGAAGAGAGCGAAGAAAAUGUGUGUGCGGAACGGGGGGAAGGCUUUGUAGCAAUUCGCUUUUCAAGCUGGAGACGGGAAGGACACGCAGGGUUUAGGAAGCUUACAGGAGGUGGCAUUUGAAAGAGGGGGGAGACUGGUUGCCGAGGAAAGCGGGGAGGAGGAGAGAAAGAGGGUGUUGCUUGUACACAAGGUCUUUUGCUCUCUGUUGGGUAGUGCUGCUGCUGCUGCUCUUUCUUCCCGGCUGGAUGUUUCCCCGGUUUGGUGCAUGACUGAAAGAGGGGAGGAGUUGGAAGCCGCGAGUGUAUCUGGAGGGGUUGGGGGGUAGGUGAGGGAAGGUUGUGCUAGCCCGCGGCCGAGGUGUGUGUGGGUGAGUGGGAGGGGGGCACGUCGUGGAUGUGUGUGUGCGCGCGCCUCCGCGUGUUAGCAGCUAGGGCUGUCCCUGGGUUCGCUUCGCUUUGCUGUUCCUGGGAGUGAGGAGGAGAGGAGGAGGAAGGGGGUGCUCGCAGCUAAGAAGCCGACGGGCUUUCUUGCGUUUGUGGCUCGGGGUGUGCGUGUUUUCAGAGUGGGGGUAGGGGCUGUGCCUCAGCCAGCUAGGAAGAAUGACUCUGGAGUCCAUCAUGGCGUGCUGCCUGAGCGAGGAAGCCAAGGAAGCCAGGCGGAUCAACGAUGAGAUUGAGAGGCAGCUCCGCCGGGACAAGCGGGACGCCCGCCGAGAGCUCAAGCUGCUGCUGCUGGGUACAGGAGAAAGCGGCAAAAGCACAUUUAUCAAACAGAUGAGAAUCAUCCAUGGUUCUGGAUACUCUGAUGAAGACAAAAGGGGGUUCACAAAGCUUGUGUAUCAGAAUAUAUUCACAGCAAUGCAGUCUAUGAUCAGAGCGAUGGAUACGCUCAGAAUCCCAUACAACUAUGAACAUAAUAAGGGCAAUGCACAGCUAGUUCGAGAUGUUGACAUAGAGAAAGUGUCCUCAUUUGAGAACCGGUAUGUAGACGCAAUAAAGAGUUUAUGGAAUGACCCCGGAAUCCAAGAAUGUUAUGACAGAAGGCGAGAGUAUCAGUUGUCAGAUUCUACUAAAUAUUACCUUAACGAUUUGGACCGUAUAGCAGAUUCUGGCUAUCUGCCUACCCAGCAAGAUGUGCUUAGAGUUCGAGUUCCAACUACAGGAAUAAUUGAAUACCCAUUUGACUUACAAAGCGUCAUUUUCAGAAUGGUGGAUGUGGGGGGCCAGCGAUCAGAGCGAAGAAAAUGGAUACACUGCUUUGAAAAUGUCACCUCUAUCAUGUUUCUAGUAGCCCUUAGUGAAUACGAUCAAGUACUUGUGGAAUCAGACAAUGAGAAUCGAAUGGAGGAAAGCAAAGCACUAUUUAGGACAAUUAUCACAUAUCCCUGGUUUCAGAACUCUUCAGUCAUUCUGUUCUUAAAUAAGAAAGAUCUUCUAGAGGAGAAAAUAAUGUACUCCCAUCUAGUUGACUAUUUCCCAGAGUAUGAUGGACCUCAGCGGGAUGCACAGGCAGCAAGGGAAUUCAUUCUGAAGAUGUUUGUUGACCUGAAUCCAGAGAGUGAAAAAAUUAUCUACUCCCAUUUCACGUGUGCCACAGACACGGAGAAUAUCCGCUUCGUCUUUGCUGCUGUCAAAGACACUAUUCUACAGUUGAACCUGAAGGAGUACAACUUGGUCUAACUGUGCCUCUAAAGUCUCCACCACCGCCCUUGUCCCCCUUCGGGCAAUUGAAGAUAUUCAAGAGGGACUGUAUUAUCUGUGAAAAUGAUCUGCAUAAUACUAAUUUAUUGCUGGCCUGGACUCUGUGAAUGUUCACAGAGUUUAUAGUAAAUAUUAUGAUUUUAUUUAAACUUAAUGGAGGAAAAACAAAAAAUGCUGAACUACAUUCACAGCACAUUCCUCUUUUUUUAGUCAAAACCUUGUAACUCAAUGUGUGUUGAAUUCUCAGUCGUGCACUCACAAAGGAUAGGAGCUUGGAUUGAUUUUUUUUGUUACUGAAGCAAAAUCAAGUUGAUGUCUCCCCCCCCCAGGUUCUCUGUUGUUAUUUUUUUAAAUGUACAAUAGCCUUUCCCACCAAGUUUCAUCAUUUUUUAAUUUAUAGUGAUUUGGUCAGGAAAAAGCUGUCACUAGAGUUUAAGCCAUCAGUGGUUCUAAUUUUACAAUAACUACUUCUUUUUAAAGGGAUCAAACAUAUUGAAACUCUAAUUUUAUUUUGUUUUUCAUUUAAUUUUUGGCAGAGAUGUCAAAUACAUCUGCUUCUUGGUACUGUCUUUGCACUGAAGGCUUGGAAUGUUGUUCAGUGGGAACAUUAAUUGUAGCAGUGUUAUGGAAUUUACCUUUAAUUGUACCAUGGGAACUUGGCAAACUGCACAGAACACAAUAACAAACUAGUAAGACACAAAAGCAAAUAAUGAAAUAGGAUAGCUUUUUGUUUUUUAAUUGCCACAUGUCAGUACAGAGUUAUACUUCCCCCUCCCUUUUUAUUUUCCUAAUCAUAGAUGCCAAACAAAUGUCAUGGAUACUACAAUAGUCUGGAAGUAUUUUUUAAUUAAUCAGACCAUCUUGAUUAACCCAUUUUUACUGUCUACAAAAGUGUCACAUUGCCAAAUUUGGCUUUUUAAAAAAUAAAAUAAAAAUAGUAUGUUCAAAAUGUAAGAUUUAAAAUGCCAAGUUAACAGACUGAAAAUCUGUCUGUUCCAGACUGCCAAGUGUUGAAGCAGCUAGAGUCCCACUUCUCUUUCCCCCUCUUUCUGUUAGAAAGUAUUCCAUUCUUAAUGCAAAAAAAAAGUGUGAGUGAGAAUGCUAUUUGGUGCUACAUACGUAUGGUCUACUAAUUCGAAGUCAGUUUUACUCUUGUCUAGAUGACAUAGGUUUGCACAGUAUUUUUCCCUUAAGGCACCUUUAAUUGAAAAACACAUUGGAAGUAAAGCAUCCUUGGCAUGGUUGCUUAAUUGAUAGAUUUGGGGAUUUCUAAACAGGAGCUUUCCUUAAGAGUUUUAUUAUGUAUGAAAUGGUUGAAUAAACCAUAUUGGAAGGCAAAGGCUGCAGCCCUGUGCACAUUUACCUGGCAGUAUGUCUCAUUGAACUCAGUGGGAAUUUCAUCUGAGUAGACAUGUAUGGGAUUGUAAGUAUACCAAUUUUUAAUAUAAUGGGGGUGGGGGAGAGAGGAGACUGUGCAUGCCUUGAUGAAUAUCUCUUUCACAUCUUGUUAUUUACAGGGUUCUUUUACACAAAACCUAAAAAAUUAUUGUUCACCACAAGAUGUGGUCAAAUUGCAGAAUUGUGUAUAAGGGGUAGAGAGAUCACAGAUUUGAAGUUGGACUGAUUUUUCUAAAAUGCCACGUUGCAGCACUUAAGUAGAAACUAUAGCUCUACAGCAGCAUUUGUGGCAGAGGGGCAGUGGGAACAGCUUACUACUUUAGUACAAAAGUUUAACUAUGGGUGCAAUCUACCAAGCAUUAAUUUCAGUCACACUGAUGCAGGAUUCCGAUUUACAGUUAGAAUGAGUGGUACCGCAGCAGUGCUUGGUGGAUACUCCACAAUAAAUACUAAUGAGAUGUCAUUCACCCUUAACCCUUUCCAUUAAAAUUAAUGAAAA